UCAGCCUGGGGCUGUGUGACGAAGUGGGACUGUUCUUAAUGUUUCCUCUGAAUAGUGUGGGGGUGCCUCAGUUUCCCCUAGGCAGUUCUUAAGUAUCUAGGGGGUGGGGUAAGGGUGUAUGAUCAUUGCAGAGCCCUAGAGGGCAGGUGUGUGCAGGAGUCUGGACACAGAGAAUGGCCAACUCCCUGUUUCCUGGCAACUGAUGGCCUGGGCCCUUCCCCCCUGCAAGGUGAGAGCUGAAGGGUUGGAGAACAAAGGAAUCAGGUGACCACCUGGCCCGGGAAAGGAACAAAGCCCAGAGGAGGAGGGGCUGGAGGGGUUUUCAGUUUGGGGCUGGCUGGGACAUGGAGUGAGGUGCAGACAUGGUUGUCUGGCUCACUGCCCCCCAAAAUGGACCCAGCUGAGGGGUCCCGUUCUCUGCACCUGCAAGCUCUGUUUUAGACCAUGUUCCUGUAGUCUAAUAAACCUUCUGUUUUACUGGCUGGCUGAGAGUCACGUCUGACUGCGAAGUUGGGGGGCAGGACCCUCUGGCUUCCCCAGGAGCACCGCCUGAGCGGACUCGCUGGGGGAAAGCGCACGGAGGGGCAGAGGAUGCUGAAUGCUCCGAGGUCAGACCCAGGAAGGUGGAAGCUGUGUGAGCUGUGUGUCCUGAAGACAGGCUGCUCACAGAAAGGCGACUACCCCAGAGUCCUGACUGACUUCAUGGGGAGCAGUUCCAGAGCAUCGCCCAGGGACUCCGUGACAGGCUGUGACAUUGGAGCCGCCCUGCCAUGUCGUCCUCCAGACGCCAAGACACGGACGAGGUUUUCGAUUUUAAUGAUGUGAUUCCAGAGACCCAGAGGCUGGACAGCAGUUUGCAGAAGGCCCGAGCCCAGCUGUCGGCCAAGGGUAGGCGGCACCGCCCGUCCCGGUCCCGCUUGAGAGACAGCGUCAGCUCGGCGGAAGGGGACGAGAGCCUGGAGAGGAAGGUGGCCGAUAAAUCUGGCAGCCCGCGGCGCCGUAUGAGAUCCCCGCUGCACGCCACCCUGCAGGUCUCCUCUCCCCUCUCCGGCUCCUCCCCCUUCCUCCGCGCCACCGAGUUCUCCUUCGACGCCUCCGUGGUCAGGCGGACGCUGGAGGAGGACGAGCAGCCUUCGUCCCCGCUGAUCCGCUACCGGCCCCUGACCAACGCUUCCUCCCAGGAGGCCUUGGGAUGCACCCCCACCAGCUCGCCCCCCAAGUCCUGCCACAGCUCGGACAGCUCGCCCAUCUACGCCCGGAGGGAUCGCCGGGCAGAGCGGCACAGCGAAGAUGACACAAGUCCGCCAGAGCCCGCCAGCCCCACCAUUGGGCUUGACAAGAAGACCCGGAGGAAGUUCCUGGAUUUGGGGGUGACCCUGAGACGAGCCUCUUCCAGCAAAAGCAGGAAAGAGAAGGGGAGCAACCGGUUGUCCAUGGGCAGCAGGGAGCUGGUGGAGGGCUCCAGCCGCUCAUCCGUGUCCCCGUUCAUGCCCUUCUCCUGGUUCACGGACAGUGGGAAGGGCUCGGCCUCAUCCGGCAGCACCGUCUCCCCGACCCGCUCGCCCAAGAGGGAGGGCUUAAGCCCCAAGAAAUCUGCCUCCCAGGAAUCCACCCUGGGCGACGACUGCACCCCACCCAGCAGCAGCCCCAAGACACUGAGCAGAGGCGCCAGUGAGAUGAAAUGCUCCUACCCCUACCACACCCUGUCCCAGUCCUCCGACGAGUUCCUGGAGGAGCCCCUCAGCACCGCCACCAGCUGGAGCAGCCAGCAAGUGGGCCAGUGGCUGGAGAGCCUGAACCUGGAGCAGUACGUGGGCGAGUUCGUGGCCCGCGAGGUGGACGGCCAGCAGCUGCUGCACCUGGAUGGAGCCAAGCUGAAGGCCCUGGGCGUCGGCAGCUCCACUGACCGGGCCCUGCUGAAGCGGAAGCUGAAGGACCUGAGCGUGGCGGUGGAGAAGGAGCGGAAAGCCCAGGAGAAGGUGGAGAAGCAGAGGGAGAAGCAGAAACAGAAGAAGAAAGAGCAGGAGCAGCAACGGAGGAGUUAGGGAGGGCGAGUUGGCACACGGCUCCCGGCGCGGGGAGGGACAGAAGGAGACCGCCCCCCGCCCAGGCGAGGGGGAAUCAGGGGCACAUGGACCGGGAGAGACACCGGACCCAACAGGGGAUUAGCCUAGGUGCCAGUCUUUGGCUCGGGGCGGCACCACCAUGGAGCCCGGACCUUCCAGCGGCCUCCUGGAUCCCUGCUGGCCCCAGUAGACAAGCAAACCCCUCCCCCACUCUGCCCCUCCUCUCCGCCACGCACGGGGGCUCCUGGCACUACUGGGCCUGGCCCCACAGCUGGCUAGCGGUUGGCACCCGCCCGUGGGCCGCAGCUGGCGCGGCUUCCCCUUCCCAGCUUCCCCGCUGACCUCCGUCUGCUCCCGAUCGGUUCCAGUCACCAAGGCGCCUUCCUGCUCCAUGCUGAUCGGCUGUCCUACCUCACCGGCCCCGUUUCCAUUAGCACCACUGCUGCUCCCCACUCACUCCCGAAAACGACGGCUCGGCCCCAACAGGCCCGCAGGAUGAAGAUAGUGCAUGGCAUUACCCCUCCCCCCCCACCCACAAGCAAUCCUGGGUUGCACUCAGGGGCCCGGGGCACCCUCCAGGGGCCAGGAUCGACACAGCCCGGACUAGCAGGGCCCGGCCAAUGUACUCCGAGAGCACAGACACCGACCCAGGGAGAAACCACGAAGGAAAUAAAACCGAUUGCAACCA